AUGGAAACCAAGAGAGAGGAAGAGAUAGAGGACAUGUCAUCACUGUCCCCUCCAACAAUGGGGUCUAUGCAGAUUGCAGGGAGCAACGGGUUUGGCCACAGCAUAGACUUCAUGUCUGAAGCCUACCUUAGAAAUAGGUAUUCUGGGAUUGAUAUUGAGGAAGAUUGCUUGGCUAUGAAUAAAGAUCGCCCUCUUCCAAUAUUUCUCAAGUUUGAAGAUGUGGAGUAUAAGGUGAGGAAUAGCGAAGCUUCCUCUGCCAACCCAGUGAAGGCAGUGGUUUCAAAGGUAGCCUCACAGCUCAACUUGGAUCACGAUAACUACAAGAUGAUUUUGAAGGGUGUAACAGGAAGUGUUUGCCCUGGUGAAAUCCUCGCCUUGAUGGGUCCUUCUGGUAGUGGUAAGACAACCUUGUUAAAGAUAAUAGGAGGAAGAUUGAGUGAAAAUGUUAAAGGGAGAAUAACAUACGAUGACAUUGCUUAUAAUGCAGUCAUUAAGAGAAGGAUUGGAUUUGUGACUCAAGAUGAUGUGCUAUUACCACAACUCACAGUGGAAGAAACUUUAGUCUUUGCUGCCUUCUUACGACUUCCAGGAAACAUGAGCCGGCAACAGAAGUAUGCCAGAGUUGAGAUGAUUAUAAAGGAGCUAGGCAUCGAAAGAUGUCGUCACUCAAGAGUUGGAGGGGGAUUUGUUAAGGGGAUAUCUGGAGGAGAAAGAAAAAGAACCAGCAUUGGUUAUGAAAUUCUCGUCGACCCUUCAUUACUGUUACUUGAUGAACCAACUUCAGGCCUUGAUUCCACAUCAGCCAAUAGACUCCUUCAAAUCCUUCAAGGGCUAGCUAAGGCAGGACGGACAAUAAUUACUACAAUCCACCAGCCUUCGAGCAGAAUAUUCCACAUGUUUGACAAGCUUCUCCUGAUAUCAGAAGGCUACCCUGUGUACUAUGGGAAGGCUAGAGAAUCUAUGGAAUAUUUUUCUUGUUUGAGAUUCAUUCCGGAGAUAGCGAUGAACCCUGCAGAGUUCUUGCUGGAUUUAGCAACCGGGCAAGUGAACGACAUAAGUGUGCCUGAAGAUCUAUCAGCACCACAUGGAGUCCUUGAUUCUGAAAAGGCAGUAAUCAAACCUCUUCAAUUGGCGAUCCAAGUAAAAAGGGAUUGGACACUUAGUUGGUGGGAGCAGUUCAUCAUAAUGUACAAGAGAACAUUUAGAGAGAGGUGUAGAGAUUAUUUCGAUAAGCUGAGGCUCGUCCAGGCACUAGGAGUAGCAGUUUUGCUAGGCCUUCUUUGGUGGAAAUCAAAAACUGGAACUGAGGCUCAAUUAAGGGACCAGGUUGGUUUAAUGUUCUACAUCUGCAUUUUCUGGACAUCAUCAUCAAUAUUCGGAGCAGUAUAUGUCUUUCCAUUCGAGAAGAUCUAUUUGGUGAAAGAAAGGAAAGCAGACAUGUACAGACUAAGUGUAUACUAUGUCUGCAGCACUCUGAGUGACAUGGUAGCUCAUGUUUUCUAUCCAACAUUUUUCAUGGUCAUAGUGUACUUCAUGGCAGGGUUCAAGAGAACAGUCCCUUGCUUCUUCUUCACACUGUUCGUCAUGCUAUUGAUAGUCAUCACAAGCCAAGGAGUGGGAGAGCUAUGUGGAGCUGCAAGUUUGAGUAUCAAAAGAGCUGGGAUGUUUGCUUCUUUGAUAUUAAUGUUGUUUCUUCUUACUGGAGGUUACUACGUCCAGCACAUUCCGAAAUUCAUGCAGUGGAUGAAGUUCUUGUCUUUCAUGUUCUACGGGUUUAGGCUUUUGUUAAAAGUGCAGUAUGAUGGUGAUGAAUUAUACGAGUGCGAGAGCGAAGGAGGGUGUCGGCCUCUGCAGAGCUCACCUUCAUUUGACAUGGUUAACCUGAAAGGUGGCUUGCAGGAAGUCUGGGUGCUGCUAGCCAUGGCUCUUGGAUACCGGCUAAUUGCUUAUUUUUGCCUCCGCAGGAGGAUUAAUUUAUGUCAUCUUUGAAUUGGAUCCAUGAUUCCAACCUUUUUAUUUACUAAAAGUGUGUUGCAUUUUCCAUAAUACUAAAACAAUUCCUCUAUUUAUCCAUGAAAGUUAUUACAUGUUUGGAUCAUCAUUCAUUA